AUGGAUCCACUGAUGGAUGUUGAGGUUAAGCAAGUCUUUUGUGUCUACCCGAUCAGCGGAAACUACACCAUUUACCAAAGGACACUUUUCUGGGUCGCUUUGGCAUUUGCACUGCUGGGCCAAACGCACGGAUGGUUGGCAGCGUCAGCUUUUGGGUUCGCCGUUACGUACUCAACUACAGCAGCCGUCCACGGAUUCAUACUGGCAUUCCAGGGAGAGGUCCAAUGUGAUGGAGACAUUUUUGUUGUUGACGCCAUCAUCACACGGGCUCUCCACAUAUCUAUAAUAUGCGCGCUCAUCUGCCCACGCCUAUUCAACAAAAGCCUCGCUCUACUUGUCAACGGCUGGUUCUUAUUGCUCGGUGCCAGCCACAUGGCAUUAGCAUUCAACACGCCGAGGCUCAUUUCCAAGGCAUCUAGCUCGCUUGUAUUAUCCUAUCGGAACGAAGACGGAUCCUGGCAUGACCCUUGUGCUGAUAUGCGCAUGCCUACAAUGUUCCGGGGAAUCUCUGGAGAUUCUAUGAGCCCCGUACUUUGGGGCUACACCACCAUUACCAACGCGUCACUCCUCCAACUCAGCGCUGACAGCGACGUCAUUUCAAUGCCAAGCCCUGAAAGGCCGGGGGCGGUUGCCGGUUAUAUGCUUCUCGAAAGUAUCAAGGUUUCCUUGUUAAUGGCCCCAGUUCUACAAGCAACCCUUGUUGAUCGUCGCUCUUCUAGAAACGACGUUUUCCUGCGGCUACUUUCAAAACGAGUUGUCUAUCAAACUUCCGACUUCAGUAGAUCAGGUCCAGUUCUUGCAACAGUACUGGUACGUCUUCUGCAGGUUCGUUGGUUUUUGCUACAGUGCGUGCCCGCCUUGAACAUUCUGGACUUUCCAUUGCGAUUCACCACCCGUGUACUAUGCGGAUACUUUAAAAUUCGAACUUUAAAGAUAGAAGAUCUGUCAUUCAAGGAAACCCGUAUAACCCAGGCGAGAUACCAAGCUGCAAAGUAUAUCGCCAUGUCAUUUUAUGCGAUUGUCAUGUUGGGUCAUGUGCUAUGGAUGCCGGUAUUUUUGCAAAUGACAACUAGCCACGAAGGAUGGCUCAAGGAUGUCCCCGAAUCAGAGACUUUCCGGGCGGUCGGACAAUGGUCGUCCUGGCUCACUUUAUGCCUGGCACUUACUACCGCAAUCGUCAACCGCCUGCUGAAUUUGGAUACCAGGGAAGGCUCGGCAUCGUUGGAAUCUUGGAUCCAACAACAUCACCUGAACGUUAUCUACUCUCAGGUCCGCAAUUGGUGCUCUGAUGAGUGGAUAGAGACGAAAGAUUGGUGGGCCAACCCAGGAAAGCGUGGAAUAAAUCACCUCAAAGCUGCAGUACCCGACGACGAUAGUCAGGACAUGUUCUCAACGAAACUGCUCCAAGCAUUAACAUUGUUUGAGGCAAAUCGAAAGGGUGACGUUCUACCUGCACCAGUACCUAUACACAUGCAGCCGUUCUUUGGACGACGACCUCAAGAGAAAAUGGAUUAA